AUGGACGAUCCUGACGAUAAUGCAGGCAACACCAACGCUCCAGUGCCGAUCCCUGAUAGGAGCAAACUUGGUGACGGGAAUAAGGCUGAAAACAAGACUGUCGGCAGCAAAAAGGAGGCUGAAAACAAGACCACCGGUAGCAAGAAGGAGGCUGAGGAUAAGACCACCGGCAGCAAGAAGGAGACCAGUACGACCGGUGAUAAGCCGGCCUCGAAAGAGUGGGAAGAGCCAAGCAUGAAGAAGGAUCUCAAAAGCAAAUUGGAUCCGCCAAAGAAAGUUGUAAGUAUUAGUCUAUAAUCUAAAGCUAUUGGGUUGUUCACAUAAUUCUGUGCCCCCGCUCUGAUUGACUUCUAACUUUUUAUAAAGAAAGAUCAUGUAAAUAUAAGAUAUUCAGCAAAGUAGUAAAUCGCGCUUUCCAGUCAAUCUCAAAAAAUGGCAUUUUGAAUUUCCCGCCAACUUGGCAUUGUGUUUCAAGCUUGUAACUUUGUCAUUUUUUUUGGCUUUUAAUUAUUUUUCUUUGAUAUACUAGUAGAAUACCUUUAAAUGAACCUACUUUUUUAAAUUUGUAAGCGUAUCUUGUCUGGAAAGCCGAAAAAAGUGCUUGAAACACAAUGCCAAAUUGGCGGGAAACCAAAAUAAUUUAAAUUUAAAACUCAAGAGCGCGAGAUAAAAUUUUUUUUGGGUACUAUUGGUGGUACAAAGAAUUCAUAUAUAAAAAUUUUGAGCUGAUUCUGAGCAAGGCAGGUAGGGUAUUUUUCUUGUUAGUCGAACUGAUUCUGAGGGGUUGGGUACUUUGUGAGUUGUGUAAAAAAUCAAAACAAAACUUGUAAAAUUUUGAAAAAAACAAACUUAUCAGUUGUAAAUUGCUUGGAACGGUCGGUUUUUUGAAUAGUUUGCGGAAAUGACGAUGGGAAAAGGAUAUGUAUGGUUUUUGAUACUAUUUUUUGAUUAAAUUUGUAACCUCAAAGGUAUUUUUUAAGCUUAAAAUUAAUACUUUAAGCCUAUUUUUUUAGUUCAAACUUACAUUUUUUAGUUUAAACCUAGAAUUUGUUUUAUAAUUUUGAUCUUAAUCUUAAAAAAUAUGUUUCGAGCAUAUAGCUUAUUUUUCUGAGCCUAAAAUUAUUUUCUAAGCAUAAAAUUUGUUUUAUAAGUCUAAAAUUACGUUUUUAAGCCGCAUUUUAAUAAAUUUUUUUUACUUUAAAUUUAUUUCCUAAACCUAUAAUUACUUUUUUUAAACCUAAAACUAAUUUUUUGAAGCUCAAAGAUUUUUAAGCCUAAAAUUUCAUUUUUAAGUCUAAAACUAAUUUUUAGGCCUAUAAAAUUUAAUUUUUCAGUCGAAAAUCAAUUUUUUAACCUUAAAUUUUGUUUUUUAUGCUUAAAUCCCUAUUUUUGUAAUUAAACUUCACUUUAUUACCUAUUUAAAUUUUUAAAAUUUUAAUUUCAGGAAGAGAAGAAAGGCUCCAAAGAGGAGGUGAAGGGCUCCAAGGAAGAGUCGAAGAAAGAAGUCACUGGUCGAAAAGACGUUUCAAAAACUUCGAAACGAAAAAAGAAGGUAGAUUCAAAAGAGGAUCCCGACAAAGAGGCCAAGCACCUGAAGAGACUGAAUCACGUACCACCAAAGCCGGAGCAAAUCUACGCCGAAUUGCCGAAGAAGCGGACAUUUUGGGGUUACUGUGAGUUUGUAGGGUAGGGUAAGGUAGGAUGGGGGUGCAGAGUAGGUUUGGGUAAAGUAUGGAAGGAUAGGGUAGGGUAGAGUAGAGUAUGAUAAAGUAGAGUUGUGUAGGGUAGGGUAAGGUGGCCUGCGAAGCUUUUUAAAUUAAAAUUUUUUUUUGAAGUUUUAAACUUUUUUAAAAAUUUUCAGUCGUUCCUCCUCUGUACAUUCUGAGUAUUUGGACGUUGUUGGCGGCCAUGAUGUUCCCUAUCAUGUUUUUCAUACCUAUAAUUUACAAGGCAAGUCCGGAAAACAUUGGCCCAGGCAGCUUUUUGGGUAGUGUGCCAAGUAAGUUAUUCUGUAAAGAAAGUUCUUGCCAUUUUAAGAUUUGUAAAGGAAGUUCUUGCCAUUUUACGUUUUGCAAAGAAAGUUAUUGCUAUUUCUUGUUUUGUAAAGAAAGUUCUUGUCGUUUCAUAGUUUGUAAAGAAAGUUUUUGCCAUUUUCGUUACCAAAAACUAUUUUUACAGAACUGAUCUUCGAACCGAAUGUAGCUCGUUUGGCAACCUCUAAAACUCGUCAAGAAGAAGUGGAGACACGUCGAGCAGACCCAUCAAAGAUUUACUACGUUGAUCGUCGACCUAUCACAUACGAACCCUACCUGACUCGGCUGCGGUUUUUACUUACUGAUGGUGAGUUACAAAUGCCUUGGCUUGCCUCCCCAUACCUCAUGCUCCUCGCUUCACAAGACUGACCUGUAAUGGCAGGUUCUAUCUAGGCCUGGCCUUAUACCAAAUUUGUACGAACUUUACUGAUAGUAGGUAAUGCUGAUAUUGUUUUAGAAUACGGACCAGAACGCUUUGCUGAAUGCCACAAGGACAACUUUCGUAUGAAGUCUGGCUGUCUGGUCGAUUUGAACUAUGACAACUUGGAACUGGGCUAUGGAGCUUGUGCCGUGCCUCGGGGCCAAACUGUUCAAUCGUUUUCGUUCGGUUUUGAAGAUCGACAGCCUUGUAUCAUGAUAAGACAGAAUAAGGUGGGUAUUUUGAUUAGAAUUUGAUGGUAUAAUAUGUAUUGUGGCUUAAAUAGGUACUGUAGUAACCCCUAACUUACCCUAAACAUAUUCUACCCUACCCUACUAGACCCUGACUUAUCUUACUCUUAGUUAUCAUAUCCUGCUUUGCCCUGCAGUAACAUAAUCUCUUCUAUUUCCAGAUGCUGCACUACAUGCCACCGAUGGUCGAUAUCCGCGACGAGGUGACGGACGAGCGAAUAAUGAAUGAAAUUAGAAUAUUGUGCGAACGUGAACAUUACAAUACGGCACCGGACGGCGACUGCUGCUUUUGGUACCGCUCACAGUUACGAUGCGAGGUCCAGAACGGGGAUAUUCAAAUAUUCCCGUCCUUUGGCGUACCAGCUUGCCACUUCCCGUACCAGUCGGGCGCUGAUGAGGACGACAUUAAGAGUUAUCAACAGCCAAUUCAGUUUGUUAGGGUAGGUUUGGGCAAGAACUUUGUUUACAGUGUAAGAAAUGGCAAUAACUUUCUUUACAAAACAAAAAAUGGCAAGAAAUUUCUUUACAAAACUUAAACUGGCAAGAACUUUCUUUACAAAACAAAAAAUAACAAGAACUUUCUUUACAAAACUUAAAACGGCAAUAACUUUCUUUACAAAACGAAAAAUGGCAAGAACUUUCUUUACAAAGCUAAAUUAACUAAUAUUUUUUAAUUUUUUGUAAAUGUUACUAUUACUGAAUUUGUACAUGUCUAUUACUUGCAGGUAUCCCCCCUGAAAGAAGGUGAUACAGCCGAAAUCAAGUGCUACACCGACGAAUCGCUGAAGGACGACGAGAACCACUAUGUCAAGUUCACCGUUCAGAUCUUUAACGCCAACCACAAUGCCGCUUUUGAAUUCGCCAUGCCCGUUCUGGCAACUGUUUCCCUCGUAUUGUCUUUGAUUUUGGCACAAUGA